AAUUGUGAAGCUUUUUUGUUUUGGCUUAAUCGCUCGGAUUUUGUAAAUCUAUGUGAUCAAUCGUUAGGAUCUGACAGCAUUUUGACAGAAUAAGUUUAUUUAGUCUCUUGCUCCGGCUCACGUACAAGUGACAAAGGAGCUCUCGUUUUGAACAUACAGUGAAAUCUCUCUAAGAUGUAGUCUCUAUAAGAUAAAUUGUCUCUUUAAGAUGAAUAUAUUGAAGGUCCCGUCAUGUUCCAUACAUUUUAUGUCUCUUAUAGAUGAAGAUCUCUCUAAAGUGAACAUUGUAUAAGGUGCAAAUGCGAUUUGGCAGCCGAAACAGUCUAAGAUAAAUUUUUGAACGACAGUUCACAAAUAUAUUGGUCCAAGGAUGCCAGGUUUUUUCGGUGGUUUCUUGGAAACUUCAAACAGCAACAACUUCGUUAGUUUUCCUCAACAUGAAUAUCUCUCUAAGUUGACGUUCCCUUGAAGAUUCACCUUAGGGGGAUUUACUUAUAUUUCUUUGGUCAUAGCUUUCGUCACGGCGAUGUGCUAGCUCAGUUAUUUAAAUAGUAUCCUUAGCCGAACGCCGAUAAAAAAAACCGGUGCGGUCCUAAAAUCGACAUCUUCAGCCCGAUUGCCUCGCUUCUUUUUCGCUUCCCAUUUUCGCUUCUUCGCCUUCGCCGGACGGUGCGUCCUAACGUGUAGACAGCGAUUAAAAUGCACAUUCCAACCAGCUUACUUAUACGCACAUCCUGCUAGGGGCGGUAUCGAAUCCGCGCAACCCGCGUAGUGCGAACUGUCCUCUAAACAACCUGUCGGUCAUUAACACGGUCGUUUGGAGAUCGCACCGGAGAUCGCAGCAGCGUUUUCUGUUUCCAACGCCCGCUCCUGAGCACGCAAAACAAAAACAAGGGAAAAGAAUGAAAAAUCGCACAUUUCUCGCACCCGUCCCAGCAUGCUAAUGGAGCACGCAUCGCGAAUGUACGCACUUUACGGUGUGGCAUUUGUGGGUGGGUAUUGCUGCGAAAAAAUUACCAUCCUUCUCCCCCCUUCCCCCUUGCCUUAUCUAUUCACUUCUCAUCCGGAUCCGAGCAGUGGAUUAGCAUUAGAGGUGUACACCAUGCAUUAUGCAACGGCUGGCGUGCUCUCGGGCCGUGGCUUAUCAACGCUUCGCUAUCAGAUGCUCGCCAAACACACACUCCGUAUGUGGUGUCGCGUUUUAUGCGUGGAGGCGCAUGGUGCCUGUGUGUGGGUUGAUUUAGUGCGAAACGAGGAUGAGAUUUAUUCUGCGGAGCGCGGAGAAGCGGUCGCUCCUCUUUUUUUUGUUGCUCGCCAUUUGCCAUUUGUUGCUUCCCUUUCCCACCUUGAAUUAGUCAUACAAAACAGCGUCUAUUGCCGAUCGUAACCCGAUAAUAGCAUUCGCGAUCGGCAGCGACAGUGUGGAGCAGUUCCGUUUUUUUCAGUUCGCAGCCACAACCACUUUUUGGGCCCAACUGCCAAUAAGAGACUGCCUGUGGCCUGUGUGAGCGCCCGCGUGAAUCGCCCGGUUGUAGUGCGAACGAAUGAAUGAAAUGCCGAUCCAUUCCAGUUCCGGUUCUAGUUCGCGCAUGCCUUUAUCUACCGUAUCACCAUCACCGACGAUCGUGUCGAUCUAAUCGUCGUCACCAAACGGAUGGCACGAAUGGAUUGGAACGGUGCGGCACGGUUUUCCCAACAGUCCGCAGUAUAGUGCCUUCCCCUUUUCAUUUGGGUAUCGGAUUAAGGCGGACUGGCCUGUAGUGACAUUAUAGUACGCGAGCGCAAGCGAGAGAGAGAGAGAGAGAGAGAGAGAGAGAGAGCGUGCGCGGGGGACUGACGAUUAAUUUAAAUUGAUAAUAUCGUGCACGAUUAAAUGCAGUACACACAGACCGAUUCGUGCGAUGGGCUAAGAAAAGCGAUCCAACACCCGAUUCGGCCCCGGCCCUGAUCGCCCAGCGAUCCUUAGCCGCCGACGAUCCGUCGUCCGCCGGCGUCGCGUAAAGACGGCUAUCCCCGGGGCGGCAUAAUUGCGUGUAUGACAGUCGCGCAUGACGGCGUAAGGAGACGAGCUGCGCUCGAAUGCACGGACGGAUCUGGUAGUCAAAUGGGCAAUCAUAUUUAUCGAUCGCCUUCUUGCUGCGCUGCAUCGAUUAUGCAUGGGCGGUGUUUCUUUCUUUAUUUCUGCUGCUGCUGCUGCUGCUGCUGUUUCACGAGAAACGGGGGUUGGGUUUAGCUGGGCUUACGUGUUACGUGCCGGGGAUGGGAUUGGGUAGUUUAGUAAUUCCCACUGGGAUGGGUGGAAGGAGGCGCUCACUUAACCAUUCGCUCUUUAGUGCGAUGUAUGAUGCUUAUGGCAGUGGUUAUUGAAAUUGAAAUUAGUUAGUUUGUGCGGCCCGUCGGUUGAUUUUGAAAGCGUCCUGCAGCAUUUUGGAUGGUGAGGUGUAUAAUUUUGGAGCUUUGGAUGUUUUGUUUGACGCUGCUGCUUUAUUUCUUUCCAUUUGUAUAAAGGAAAGACAGAAGAAAACGGAAUAAUUCUAUUCAAUUGCAAUCGAAUUGGAAAGGCUUGCUUGCAGUCAUAUUUAGCAUUUUGAGGUGGAAAAAAGCCGGCAAGCUUCAGGCAGCAGCAGAGCUGCAACAAGAAAAAGCUUACCAACCGUUGAGACGGAUCUGUCACAAUCUCCAGCCCCUCCUCCGCAAGCAGCUCUGCGCACCCAAGCACAUGCACAAAACAUGCCACUUGGUGCGAGGGUGGCUUACCGAAUGGAUUUGUUUUGCACCACACGGACGUUCCCGUUCCCUUUCCUGCUUGGCGGACCGUUCCAUAUGCAUGAUGGUCGUACAGAUGCGCCCGUGAUCACACAACGGCGAGCGGCCGACACACUCUCGCUCACUAAUGGAAGCUAAACGCUUCUGCUCUCCGUCGCUGACAUUGCUGCACCAAAAGCGGGACGGAAUGAGAUCGAUGGUUUUAAAAGAGAAAUAGAGAGAGAGAGUGAGAGAGUGAGAGAGCGAGAGAACGAACCGAACAGUUCCUUUGGCAACGUGCGCUCCCAUCCUAGUAUCCCUUCCGGUAGGGGGAAGGGUGCUCCCUACAAAUGACGCUGCUGACGGUGCUCAUUAAACGGUGGGGAAACAAUUGAGCGGAAGGCACCCACCUCACCCUGUGUCAUCGCACCCUGAGCUCACUGAGCCGCUGGGAGCGAAGAGAGCGAAAGAGCGAAUAACUUCUACCGUGGAAGCGAAGUGAAGGGUUGGGGGAAGGGCGCUGUUUACGACAUGCGUGAAAUGCGGGAGCCGGCUUCGUCGGUGGACACCGGGCGCAACAGUGUUCAGUCGCGGUCCGUUCCCUGGUACGACCGGACGUGUGCGCGAGUUUGGCUUUACCCUCGUCGUAGUCGUCGUCGUCGUCGUUGCCGUUUGCGCUAGUUGUUAUCGCCGCGAAUGGUUUGCGAGCUUCUAAACUGGCUCUGUUCUGCAGAACAACCACACCAACGGUAGAGUGCCCCUCCAGUGGUUGCCCCUGUGAAACGAGUACGUCAAGUGUCACCAGGAACGGAAUGUGAUCGUGUUCGUGCACCGUAUCCCCGUGGCACACUGAUAGGCAUUAAUCACUGCCCCUAACACUUCUUGUAGCUCACUGGCUGUCUGUGUGUGUGUGUGUGUGUGUGCGUGCGUGUACUAAUAAUACCACUUCGGCAGAUAGUGCCUUUCUUCAAGUGGGGUGACAUGCUGGCACAGUGGGCCAGCGCCAGCAAGUCAAGUGCUUACACGGUUGAUGCAGAUGGGUCGCAAACAGCAACGGAAAAAGUCACUCCGUGCCAUUAUACAGCAUAAGAAGUAAUUGUGAGAAAAGCGUAAAAAUGCUUCCCAUAUUUAUACAUACUCUUUCGGGGAAGUUGUGCGUGCGUGAUCUGCGGUGAAUUGUAGGAAGUGGUACGAUUUUGCGGUGAAUUGUAGGAUUUUGAGAACUAAUCAUGUACACGCCGAGUGCGGGAAAUCGGAAAGCCAGUUAGCGCUCGUCUACGGUUAGCAAGCAUCCGCGCGCUGGUGCUGUCGAAUUGGUCGAAUCAAUCGUUUGAAAUCGGUUUCCGCGGCGUCCCGCACGCUCUCUGCUUUGUCAAACACACAAGCUAGUAAUUCGCGACAGUUUUGCGCGUCUCGAUCGCAACGGUCGGCAUCAGUGGCCAAGUGGGACCGCGAUGUACAGCGACGACAAGCGCUUCCCGAGUCGCACGCAGCCGGGCGUUGCUUUUGGCGAUCCGAGCGUUCAGCCGGGGGUCGGCGCACUGUCGGAGAUGGACAAAUGUUUCCCCUACUCCAUCCUGACCAAGAAGCACCCGCUGGGAGGAGGAUCCGGUGGGACCGGCGGCCCGCUCGCUAAACCGUCGGUUCCUCCGACCGUACCGAGCUAUCUCGGUUUGCAGCGGGAACCGUCGGCAAACGCGACCAAACCGGAGGCCGCCUUCGACCCCAGCGGUACGCCCGAUGUGAACAACUUCUACGGCAGCGCGAUGGUAACGGACGUCGGUAUCUGCUUCAGCAUGAGCAACGUCAAUCUGAACGGCCACCCACCGACCAUACCGCUUGCCACGGGCGCACUGGUGCCGCCGGCAGCGGUCGCCGCCCAGUCGCGCCCCAGCGCCCUGGCCGCUCCGGACGCCAGGCGCAAAUCGUACGAAGAUCCGGGCCCGGAAACGGCCCUGCUCAAUGCGCGGCGCCGGGCGGCCGCCUUCCUGCCCGUCACGGCCAACGGUGGUCGGGCGGCCGGUCCAGGAGCGCACGCCUCGAUGCACCACCACCACCAGCAGCGCCGGCCGCAAGCAUUCCCCUUUCCGGCGGCCACUGUCUAUCCGCUGGCGCACCAUCCACCCGGCACGGUGGCGGCCCCGUUCCCGCAGCCGCUGGUCAACGUGCAUCCUCCGGUGCAUCAGCCACUGCCGCGGCAGCGAUCGGUCGGCCCGGUCGGCAAAGGGGCGUACGGUAGCGUACGAUCGACCAGCUCCGAUCGGGGCCGGGGCGGAGGGACGGGAGGAUCCCCUUCGAUGGUUCCCACGAUCGGAACGCUCGGCGGCAUCGGGACGUUACGAUCCUCGCCGCCCUACCCGAAGCAACCGCCCGGUGCUGCUACGAAACCGUCCGCGGUGAGCUACUACCAGCCAUUGCCGGCGACCGGCGGCCCGGGUACGGUUCAAGCCCAGCCGUCCUAUGGCCAUUCACUUGCCGGCGCCCCUACCAGUCAAUCGACACCGGCAGGACCACCACCACCACCACCGCCCGUUGGCUACCAUCAUCAGCGUGGCAACGUGCUGCCGUAUCAUCAUCUGCCGCUAGCGAACGGUGUGCCCCUUGCCGGUCCAGCGGCGGCCUCUCCGGCGACAGCAGCAGCAGCAGCAGCAGCGGUAGCGGCUGCCGCCGCCAGCUACGAAUACUAUCGGUACGCGAUCGAGGCGGCCGAAAGUGUCGGCAAGCUGCCGCCUUCGGGUACCGCCCAAUCUGUGCUACUUCCCACUGGCACGAUGGCCGCCACCGCUGCCCGCACUGCCGGCGAGGAUGGUAGCAAGGGAGCUUCGGGCACAGCUUCGGGGCCGGUGGUGGAUUACAACGGGUUGCGGCAGCUGUUUCUCAAAUGUUGCUACAACGAGAUGAAGCUACUGCCGGCGUCCGGCGGUCCAGCGCAUCCAGCGGCGCCCGUCCUAUCCUCGCCGACGGUCGGGUGCGUUUCUGCACCGACCUCGACUGCCACCAGCCUGUCGGCCGACUCGCCAGUCCACUCGUACGACUUUGAGCCGCAGGAUCCGCGCGCUGCCGGUAGGGACGCACCCGUCGUCUAUCCGUCCGGGCAGCAGCAGCAGCAGCAACACCACCAACACCAUUACCACCAGCCACUCACUAGCCGAUCGUGUCCGAGCUCACCGAACGGACCGCACUGCCAUACGUCGCCCGCACUGCCAACGCUUGCACCGUCCGCCUGCUCCACCCCGAUCGGUAGCGGAAGGUUGUCCGCCCAGCAGCAGCAGCAGCAGCACCAACACGAUCGCUACGAAGCGAGCGAAGACGAGGUCCGUCCGAUGGAGGUGUGCAGCGAGGAUGGACAGGAGGAUCCGAUUGAGCCGGAAGAAUGCUGCAGUGACGAACCGAAGGACUUUAGCAUGAAAUCGAAAGCACUGUCAGUGGGGCACGGUGGUGUGUGGCCGGCGGCAGCGCAGCGCGAUGAGUGUGCCAUUGGACCACAGCGGAUCGAGGAUCGCAGCAGGAAGGAAAUUAAGGCCGCGCCGAAAAAGAAAUGGAUCCACCGGCACUACAUGAAGGAUGAGCCACUUACGAAUGGCCAUUCGACGGCUCCGCCGCUAGUCGUGAUUGCGACGAACGGAACGCAACAGCAUCCGGCGGCGAAGCAUCAUCUUACCCUCAACCACGUAGCGGUACCGAUCGCGCCCAGCUCCAUCCCGGCCGGCGCGCCCACCACCAUCACCACCACCUCCCCCUCCCCGAUGACGAUCGAUCUCUCCACCAAGGGGUUGAGCCAGCAUCAGCAAACAAGCACGACGCACUAUGCUGCCGCUGCCGUGCAUCCGUCGCCUCUCUCAACGACACCACCCGCCACGACCACCACCGUAUCGUCACUAUCGUCAUCCUCCUCCUCCUCCUCAUCCUCCUCGUCGUCGUCCUCCUCCUCCUCCUCCCCUUCGUCGACGACGCUAACCGUAUCGCCGGUCGACGACUCGCAGUCAUCGCUCAACCUAAGCAACGGUUCCAGCAUUAAUGGCUACAUUACCAGCAGCAGCAGCAGCAGCAGCAGCAACAGUAGCGGGGCCGCCGGUGCCCCCAUCGGUGGCUCAUCUCCACUGCCACCCGGGCUAGCCGGCAUGCUGCCAAUCAACAUCACCAACGUGCUGCAGGCGUCGGCCAUUGCUGCUGCCCACAACGGCGGCACCGGCAGUAGCACACCGAACGGGACGAUCGUGACGGCGGCGGCUGCAACUGGCGUGCACCAUCUGCCGCUCGAGCUGCAGCAGCAGGUCGCGGCCGGCCUGUCGGUGGCGGCCAUCAGCUCGCAGGGUGCGCAGGGCCUCUUUGCCAACAUCCCGACCGGGACGCGGCGGCGGACGACCAGCUCAAACAGCAACGGCAGUGUCGGCACGCGGGAGGUACACAACAAGCUGGAGAAGAAUCGGCGGGCCCACCUGAAGGAAUGCUUCGAGCAGCUGAAGAAACAGCUCAGCCUGCAGCCGGACGAGAAGAAGAUCUCCAACCUAUCGAUUCUGCACGCCGCCAUACGGCACAUACAGCUGCUGAAGCGCAAGGAGCGCGAGUACGAGCACGAGAUGGAGCGGCUGGCGAAGGAGAAAAUUGCGUCCCAAAACCGUAUCCUCGUGCUGAAGCGCGAACUCACGCAGAUGGGCGACAUCGACGUGUCCCGGCUGGCACCGGACACCGAUAUUACGCCGAACCCAACCAAUGGUGGUACCGUCGUCCCGCCGAACGGCCUGCAGAUGGAGCGAGAUCAACCGUCGGACACUAUACCGGGCCGUAAUGGGAUUCGGUACAGCUCCAGUAGCUCGCUGUCCAGCAUAGCUACGAACGCGUCCAUCAGCAACCUGCCGCUUCAGACGACCAUCUCGCCGGUGCUCUCCGUGUCAUCGCCAUCGCGGGCCAGCCCGGCCCUGAAUCGCAGCUCGACCUCGCCCGCCUCGUCGCUGUCGUCCGCGUCGCCAUCGUCGUCGGCCGCCUCCAGCCUAUCGGUAUCGUCCGCAGCAGCCGCCAGCCUGAUGGCUCCCCUCUCGCUCACCACCAAGGGCACCGCUGGUACGGAGCCGGCGGCGCACAACGGGCUCAAGAUUACGGCGGCGGGCCAGCUGAACGGGCUGAACCUGACCAGUGCCUCGCUGGCGAUGGUAAACGGUGCGAACGUGACGCUCAACGGCACGACGGCAGCGACCACCGCCCCACUACCCGUCAUCGUUGGUGCAAACGGCACGGCCAACAUCGUGGGCAUCGCUCAUUCGCAGCUGCUGGCAGCAUCCACCGCAGGCGGUUCCUCCCCGGCCGCCAUCCAGACUAUCCCACUGAACCUGAACGUUACAUCGAGCGCGGUGAGCAACGGGUUGGUCACCGGCAGCGGUCCCGCCUCGCUCGCCAUCGCAACCGCGGGCGCCGGCGGGCCGCUACAGCUGACCAGCCACAAUGGUGGUCCCAUCGGUGGUGGCAGCAUUAGCAGCAGCAGCAGCAGCAGCAGCAGCAGUAGUCAUAGUAGCAGUAACACUAGCAGUAGUAGUACCGGUGCCGCCAACACUACCACCGUCGUCGGCACGAUCGCCAGAUCGAUGUACAGCGCAGGGACGAUCGCACCAUCCAUGCCGACGUCUACGGCGGCAGCGACGACUAUGGUGCACGUGCCAACCGGCGGCAGCAAAGAACUGAUCAACGGUACGAUCGGCAAGAACGGUACCGUACGGACUGAUAAUAGUAAGCUUGAGAUUAUCGCAUCGCAAUCGCAACCCACCAACCACAGUACACAGGCCGUUGUUGGCGCUACGGCCCUCGACCCACCGGGAACGAAGGUUAUCACGAUCAUGAAUGGUAACACGUUCGCACUAGCCCCGCUGGACAAGGACAGCAAGAUGGGCGUUGUCUACAGCCCCAUACUGGUGCCGACUUCGCAAGGACUGCGCAUGAUACAGCAGGGUUCGAACGGAUUGGCAACGAUCGAGCUCGCACCACCGAAUGGUGGCAAUCGUUUGCAGCUGCAUUUAACCCACUAAGGGGUCUGCGUGUAGAGUGUAAAGGUGUGAGUGUUUGUUUGGGGCGCGUUUGUGUUCGUGUGUGUGUGUGCACACGUGCACGUUGUAGAGAUUUGCUGAAGCAGCAAAACAGCAGUGGAUGGAAAGUGAUUCGAGAUCGCCGUUGGUGCCGUUUUCCGUGGACACAUACUAUGGACAAGAACCACAACAACACACCUGCCGUACGGUCCCGCAGAUCAGCCAUCCCCGCCUGUGGGACCAAAGCUCUGGAGCACAAGGAUGGCUAUAUAUAUCUCAGCAGGCGGCAAUCGAUGCGUGGUGGAAUAGUGGUGGAACAAAAAACAGUGUCCUUGUUGCAGCGGCAGAAAGGGCCACCGUUUUUUUAUACACCACGAAAGCGUUCCAGUGCACCAGUGCGAGUUUGCUGUACUGGUGCCUGAAUGUGAGGAAUGCGGAAAAGAACCAAGCUACUUAACGGAAUCCUAUAUGCGUCUGGAAUGUGAUAGAUGCCAACACUGGGCAAUCAAUCCGUUUCCGCGUCACCGUGCAAGAGCGUGCAGAAUAAUCAUCAUCCCGCCGAUAACCGGAACCGGAUGGUACAGGCGACGAACCCCAACAAUAGCAUAGGGAAAGGGAAACCCGUGUUCUGCAACGGCAACGGAGGAAAUUAUAGUACCGAUACAAAAACACAAUAACAGCUACCAGUUCCUUGUUUAAGUGGUGGCAGUUUUUAAACGGUGUGCGUGUGAGUGCCAGGAACCCAUUCAGCAAAGCAAACAGAAAGGAAAACGGAUGGUUACAGCCACAAAACUCACAGACCCGAGACAAUAUAGCGUAGUCUAGCAGUAGCUGUAGCUCUUUUCCUCUUCUCGUAUACUUGUUUGUAUCGCCGUAAUCCACGAAGGGCACCAACAAAAUCGAACAUCGACCGUUCAUCAACACAGCAGGCUAACACAAGAGUCCUGCAUCAUGACCAAUUAGUCACACGAUACACACAUGUGUGUGUGUGUGUUUUUUUAAAUAGCUACAUAUGGCGCAUGUAUGUGUGCGUGCGUGCGUGCGAGGCGUGUAGUAUGGCUGUGAAAGCAUAGAGAGGAAACAAAGCAAGCAAAGGAGGAACAAAGCAUGCAGAAGACGAGGAAAAAACAGAAGAGACGUGUGCAAAUUAUAUACGAAUCGGUUUCGCAAUUUCUUCCUCUUUCUCACCACAUUCGGUCAGAAGCUCGAUACUCACGCAUUCGGGAGGGUGAUGAUGGUGGUGGGGGUUGUUGGGUGAGUCCACCCGCGCGCAUUUGCUCGUCCCGUUUCGAUCCCGUUGUGAGACUUUUGCAGAAUUGGGCCGAAACAGGGGAGGAGGAAGUAGCAGCAGGUAGAAAAAGUAACUUGAAAAAGAAAAAAAAACAAAACAUUUUGUAAGUAGAAAUUCACACACACAAACACAACACACACGGAGAACACGGGAUAAGUGUGCAGGGGCAAGGCUAAACUCUAAUUCGUACACAUAGCGCAUAGCGGCUGUCGCGGCAACGAAGCUUUAGAGCCAAUGUGACCAGGAACAAUCGAUGUAGUAGAAUACACAAAUCCACUUUGUAAAAAUGGGAAGAGACACUCUCCCUUCCGUAAACCCUUUCAACUGGAUCAAUUUAGUUGGGAUGGGAUGAAGAAGCUUUAGGAGAUUAGUGUGUGUUUGUGCUACUAUCUCGCAGCUUAUACUACUACCUACUACUACUACUACUACCACUAUUAUACUAGGGAGCGCAACCUAACAACUAUCGCUCUUACUGCAGCAACCACAACUACUUCGGUUGCUACGAUCACUGUGUGUUGUGUUAGAAUAGUUCACGUGUUUCGAUGUGCAUGGAUGUGUCUUUUACUGUGUGAGCGUGUGUGUGUGUGAGUGUCUCCUUUUGUGUGCUUUUGUGUGGUCGCGUAUGUGAGUGUAUGUUCACAGCAGAAGUAGUAGAACAAGCCACAGCACGGAGGCAAAAGGAAUACCCACAGUACCAAUUAAUGUCAACCACAAAGUAAUGUAGCAGAAGCGUUUGUGUUUAAUAUAGUGCAAUAGAAGGGAGGGUUUCGAUGCGGGAAAGAAUCAAGGGCCGAGUGGUAGAAAGAACCCAAAACUGGCAUUCAACCAUGGGAAACAAUUUUACACGAGCGUAUAGUCACGAGUAGUCAGCAAUAGUCAGCAAAAAAAAGGCAAAUUACACUUCACAGGAGCUUAGAGGAUAGAAAAAAAAAGCAAAAGGGAACAGUUCCAUGCUGUUAAAGGGGGGGCACUUGCAUUCGGUGCAAACAUGAAACAGACAGAGCAAAGGGCACACAAACAAAAACAAUCAUUUGAAUGUACUACAAAGAGGAUUAUUUAGACCUCUUCAGUCACAAACAGACAUCGGUAGUGCAUAGUAAAAAAUGCAGAAAAUAAGAGGAAAAAAAAAACACACACACACAUACACACAUACAAACAAACGAAACAGGAUAGUUUAUGAAACUAUACCUAAAUGUAUGCUAUCAAUGGUGUAAAAACCCAACCCCCGGAUAGAGGGUUUACAGGAGCGGAGCGAAGCUGAAGAAAGAAGCUGAAAAGGAAAACUGGAAAACGAAGCUAGUAAAAAAAGAAAAGAGAAAAAGAUAGUGUCUUGUCGUACAGGAAAAGGUAAUUAUGCACAGAGUAAGCAACCAACGCGAGAAAAUGGCACUUUUACGUACACACUUUGUAAAACCAAACAGAAAACAAAACGUUUAUAUAUAUAUAUUUUUGUACUGUACAUAUAUUGUAGAGGAGAGGUAAGGUGUGUAAGGUGGGGACAGUGUUGCAAACAGGAGGGAGAGUGGAAAUGGAACAGCGCAAUCAGUCAGAGAAGGGAGCAAUGGAAUGGAAUGUGUGCGUGUGCGUGUGUCUGUGUGUGUAUUUAUCAUUUUUAAUAGAUUAGGAAGAGGAAGGUAAUUUUUACUAUCUGUCCUCUUCCCACAGAAAGAAGGCGCAGAGUGAAGGCCAGAGACAUGAAACGAAACAGUUACAAAGAAAACUAGAAACGUUUACACAACGAAUGUGUCUUGCGUGCGUGCGUGUGUGUGUGCGUGUGUGUGUUGGACAGAACUUCACACUACCAUCCCUACCCUAUUUGUAUGGUAAAUGGAGAACAGUAGGCCAAGGCAGGGCAGAAGAGGUAAACAACUAUUUUAAACCUAGAAACACACACACACAUAGACACAAAAGAAAACAAACAAUAAGAACUAUGAAAACAAAAAGAAAAUGAAAGGCAUUACAAGUAACAAAACAAAAAAAAAAGUGACUGAUAAGUAGAAAAGGAUAGCGAGAGUGUAUUUAAACAAAAAAAAAAACGCGGAAAAGCGAUUGUGAACGGUGUGUAUAGAGCGGAAAGGGAAUGAGAGAAAGAGAGGCGGGAGUUGUUUUAAUUUGUUUUAUUUUCUAUUGUAUAAGCCACUAAGUUUAUUAUGUAUUGUACAGUAUUUAAAAAAACAACAACACAAAAAAAAAACAACAAACACACAAAAUUACAAUAAAAAGUAUAAAUCAAACAUAACAAAACGGGAACAGCAUUCAUGAAUGACUAGCAGAAAAAAAAAAAACGAAACCCUAGUGGUUGGUAGUAUACCAUGGUGUAGAUAAUGGCACUAUCUACAAGGGAAAUCACCCACACACACACACAUACUAUUUACACAACCGAACCGAAUCAAUCAAUCAGCCAAUGGUGGCCAAUACAAAGGCUGCAUUUGCGAUGGAACAAAUUAGAAAGGGGAAAGAAAAGUAAAUGUUUACUAAACUGUCUAGCGUUUCACUUAGUAGCCAGUGUGUGCGUGUUGGUGUGUGAUAGACGGGUAUGUAAAUAAAAAAAAAAGAAACAUUUACUAAAAGGAGAAACAAACAAACAGACAAACAAACAAAAUGGAGCAGGUGAAAACGUACACACAAACACACAUUCAAGCGAACAAAAUGGUACAAAUAAGCAAAGCGCAACGUCUCGCAAGAAUUGUGUUUGUGGGUUUGUGUGAGGCGAGCAAACAAUAAGCCACACAACAAAAGAAGGCAAGAGCAGAUAACUAGCAUAAGCAAAACAGGAAUGGCCGAAGGCGUGUAACAGUACAACGCAUGUAAAAGGGUGUGAGCGUGAUCUUUGUAAAAAUGAAUAAACGACUGUGUCGUGACGUACAGGAAGAGAAAAUGGAGGAGAAAACG